CUCUGCGAAGUCAUUGUAUGUAAACAAGGUCAAGUAUUCGCUGCAGCAUUCGUUCCCCACAGUCUCGCCUGGCGACUUUCUCCUGAGAAGGAUCCAUCCUGCGGCACAGCACACCUCUUACAGCUAUUUCCUCUGGUGAAGGAUUUCUGUGAGCAGCAGCCACCAUGAUGCAGUGUCUUCAGUUUCUGGUUGAACCAACCAAGAAUGUUACGGAGAAGUUUAAGGAGUUUCGUAAGAAGGUGAAAAAUGAGAAGCGAGAACCGCUGGACGAGAGCCAGCAGUUUAUUGUCAACCUCGCCAAGGAUCUGGGUCGUGUCUGUCAGAGGUCAGAGGUGUUGGAGAACAUCUCAAAGAGUGAGGAUGUGUGGCCCACUCUCACCUGCAGGGCCUUCAUCCUGGAGUGGGCAUCACUGCUAGAGAGCAAGAAAAGACCAAUGCUGACUGAUGGAUGGCCAGAGAGAAGUGACUGGAAGGAUCUGGCUCUGAGCAGUGAGCAGGAUAUGGAGAGUGCCAAGAGAGUCAUUCUCACCUGGACCAAAGACCUGAGGGCCCAACCUGAGCAAAGUGUCUGGCCUGGAGAGCAGGUGGUGGCAGCUUUGGAUGACUUUGAGAAUCACUGGAAAAGAGGUCGGAUGGCCACCCUGCAGUCAGCCAUGGAGCUGGUGUUCUGGAUGCUAGUCAACAAAGAACUUGACAAGGAGAACAUUCCUCAAAAGUGGCUUAUGUGGAAACAGAGGAGCCAAAAAAUAGGCGCCACUCCAUAUAUUCCUCAUACUGUGUGGGACUGGAUCUGUGAUGCAGGAGUGGAGGUGACCCUUGACCUGGACACGGCCAAUCCUGACCUUCUGAUCUCCGAGGAUGAGAAGCGCAUGCGCUGUGGUUUUGACCGCAAAGAGGUGCCCAACUAUCACCAGCGCUUCGAUGGCUGGUGGUGUGCGGUUGGAACCGAAGGCUUCUCCUCCGGACGCCAGUACUGGGAGGUGGAUGUUGGAGAAAUGGACUGGCGUAUCGGCGUGGCCAAAGAAUCUGCCUUGCGUAAGGGCUUCAAGUCCCUGAACACCGACACUGGCUAUCUGACCCUGCGGCUGGAGCGCGGCACGGAGCUGAAGGCCCUCACCGUGCCGUUCACCGCCCUGCCAGCCACCUUGAUUCCUCGAAAGGUCGGCGUCUACCUAGACUACAACCAGGGCCAGCUGUCCUUCUACGACGCGGAGAACCGCUCCCACAUCUACACCUACAACGAGACAUUUGGCGAAAAGCUCAUCCCGCUCUUCGGAACGGUGGAGAUCGUGAAAGACCUGGUGAUCAGAUCACCUGGGAACAGGGGCCACUGCCUGUGUCCUGGCAUGUGCCUGUGGGGUUAAAACCCAAUCGAAUCGAAUCAGAGCCCAGUGCUUAAUCUCUAGACCACUGGUUUUCAACUGGGCGCAACCUUAAAGGGUUAGUACACCAAAAAACAAAAUUCUGUCAUUAAUUACUCACCCUCAUGUCGUUCCAAACCCAGAAGACCUUCAUUCAUCUUCAGAACACAAAUUAAGAGUUUUUUGAUGAAACAUAAGAGCUUUUUGACCCUUCAUAGACAGCAUAGGUCCUACCACGUUCAAGGUCCAGAAAGGAGGAGAAGAAUUGUUGAAUAAGUUUAUUUUAGUUUUUUGCACAACAAAAAGUAUUCUCGUAGCUUCAUAAAAUUAAGGUUGAACCACUGGUUUCACAUGGACUAUUUUGAUGAUGUUCUUGGUACCUUUCUGGACCUUGAAUGUGGAAGGAUCCUUCCUGUCUAUGCAGGGUCAGAAAGCUCUCAGAUUUCAUAAAGAAAUCUUAAUUUGUGUUCUGAAGACUAAUGAAGGUCAUACGGGUUUUGAUCGACGUAAGAGUGAGUGAAUUAAUGACAGAAUUUUCAUUUUUGGGUGAACUAUCCCUUUAAUAUGUUACCGCUUGUACAGAUAGAGUCUCAGAUAAAAGGGGGAAAUAUGAAAUUCAAGUGUAUAGCAAAAUAUUUUUAAAAUAAAUUUGCCCUAUAGGGAUUUCGUAAAAGAGUUAUAAGUCAUGAACCAAACCAACCAGCUAUGAAGUGAAUCACAACAUUACAAACUAUGAUUUGUAGUUCAUUGAAUGGACUACAAUCCCAUGAAGCUUUGCGAAUGACAUAAUCAGAUUAAUAACUGGAGAAAAUGCUGCAUAUAUUUUAGUAGUUUGUGAGCAAUUAUGUCAUUCGCAGUGGUUCAUAGAGCUAAAGAGUUAUUUUGGCAUGAUUUCCUUGUUUCAGUUCCCUGAUUGGUGGAGAUUUCUCUGCAGAAUCAUGGGUAAUGUUGUUUUUCACUGGAUGAGAAACAAGUGAAAUUUAAAAGACAAUUAGAAACUGCUCAAGUUUUUCUUCAGCCGCUACUAUCCCAGUUAACAAAAAUAUGUUCUGAGAACAUUUUCCCCGCUGUAAAAAAACUAAAACCAGCCUAAACUUAGCUGGUUUAAGCUGGAAGUAGCUGGUUUUAGCUGAUCUUCCAACCUGGCCAAGCUGGUUUUAGCUGGUCUCCCAGCCUGACCAACUAAAGAAGUGGCCAAAACCCCUCUAAAACAAGUCUGCUGACUAGCUAUGACCAGGCUGGAUGACCAGCUAAAACCAGCCAAUCAGCUUAGGCUAUGAAAAUAUUAUUUCUGAAUGUUCUUUGAAACAUAAUAUUUAAAAUAAAGCAUUAAACCCCAAGAAGCCAUGGUUUACAGUGAAUUUAUAACAGCUAAGGGGCGUUGUUAGGCAUAUAUAACCCCUUAGCUGUUAUAAUUCACUGUAAAACCACAGCUUUACAGGCCUGUUGCUUUUAUAAAAUGGUUAUUACAUUUACGUAGUAAGGUUUCAUAAAACAAAACAGAGCAAAGUGUAAUGUUAUUAAUAAAAACAUUAUUCUUCUGCCAAAUAAUGUAGUUCCUCAGAAACGGUUGUGGUUGCAACAAAGUGGUUUCCGAGCAACACACAGACGUAAACAAAGGUGUAUGUUUGUGAAUUAAUUUACAACAGCUUCGAACGUGGUUUAACCAAUCAGAAUGAAGGACUGGAACUAUCUGUUUUAUAAAAACUUAUUUUUUUCUUGGUUAUGCAAACAUUCCAUUGUAUCAUUUUGCAAACAUUAUAGGAAUGUCACUUUUGGAUGUUCUCUAAACCAUCUGAAAGUAGUAACAGUUUAUUAUUACAUUUUAAAUUUGAUUAAAAAUUAGAUGAACAUCCAACUAAAAGGUUUCAGGAAAACGUUCCAUUAAUAAUCGUUUUGUGCCAAAAUUUUGAGAACAUUAUUAAAUUCCAAGUAACUUUAAACCAGGGGUGCCCAAACUCAGUCUUGGAGGGGACGAUGUCCUGCAGAGUUUAACUCCAACUUGCCUAAAAACUAAAACUCUAAACGCUAAACUGAGUCCUCAAGGACUCAGUUUGGGCACCCUUGCUUUAAACGAACAUUUGUUCAUAACUUUGAGAGAACCUUGCCAGAACCUUAAAGUUCUGAGGACAUUCCCCGUUAGCUGGCAUGAUUAUAAUUUUCCAGACUUUUGAGGCCUAAGCAGGUUAUAGUAAGAUUGUUUUUGUAUUUAAUGCUAAGGAAUAUUUUUGGCAAUAAAGAAAUGGUACUGCGUUGGGUUGCUUGAUGUAAAAUGUGAGUCUUGAAGCAAAACCAGUUGAGAACCAGUGUUCUAGACCUCAUUAGAAUUAGAUAAACCACUGGGCUACAUUAGUUGGUCAGUUCGUAGUGAUUGACAGUGAUCCAUAGCAGUCAAGACCAGUAAUUCCAUCAAGGUAGUGUAGGAUCUCUUUCAGCUACUGCUUCUGUGGUACUUCUGAACCUGCUGCUGUCUGCACCUUAUUAUAAUACAGUGUUCGCCUGCCCUGUCUGCACUUUCCUAUUCAUUUUAAAAACUCAAAUCAUGACAUGAAAAUGCACUUUAUGUGAAUAAUAAAUCUAAGUAAGUUCAA